UCCAACAACAGCUGGCCCCAGGCCCCAGGCUUGGCCCACCCUUUGUCUGGGCAGAACCAGCCAUGGAGGGCGAGGAGUCCAGCAUGGAGGGCAAGGGGGGCUGGUCGCCCCCACCGGCCGAGGAGCCCUUGGAUCCGUCCCCCCCGCCAGGCCAGGAGCCCUUGGGCCCGUCCCCCCUGCCGGCCGAGGAGCCCUCGGAUCCGUCCCCCCUGCCAGGCCAGGAGCCCUCGGAUCCGUCCCCCCCGCCAGGCCAGGAGCCCUCGGGCCCGUCCCACGAGGAGCCGGCUGGGGCUGGGGUGGAGGCCGACGAGGAGGAGGACCAGGAGGAGGUGGAAGUGACCGACAUCCACACCCAGACGAAGCACAAGCCCCUGGGGGGCACGAAGAAGAAAGCAGCGAAGACAGCGGUUGUGGGCUAUUCGGUGCGGCCCAUCGUCCCGGCCAGGAGGGCCGAGCUGGUGGCGGUGGCCAAGGCCAUGCACCGGGAGCAGUUCGGCAGGGAGGUGCAGGAGCUGUUCCACCUGGAGAGGGAGGCGGCCCUCAAGGCCAUGCAGACAGCCCAGGACCUGGCUGGGGCCACCAGCGCAGGAGAUGGAGGAUCCUGGACAGGUCUGACCCCCUCCUGCCCACAGGUCUUACAUCGGCUGGCGCUGCCCCAGUAUCUGUGGGACUGCUUCCGCGUGGGUGACCUCUCCAAGUGCUUCUGCGGGCACCUCCUGCGGGAGCACCAGGUCUAUGUUGAGACGCGGGCGCGGAUGCCCUGCAUCGUGCCCAGCUGCAAAUGUCAGAGCUUCAUCUUCAUCCCCUCCCGGCCCGAGGACGUGGGCGAGUUCUGGCUGAGGAGGAGAGCUGGCUUCGACCCCUCCACCUGGCGGGCCACAUGCCGCUGCCAGCACAGCCACGAGGAGCACGCGCCCAGCGCCCGCCGCGCCUGUCGAGCCGCAGGCUGUUGGUGCGUCUGCUUUGAGUCCAACUUCCUGUGUGCAGCCUGCGACCGGCGCUGGGAGGAGCACGAGACCUUCUUCGAGACGGCCGAGACUCGCAGAAAAGGGGGCCGGCCCUUUGGUAUGCGCAGCGUGGGGGGUGCACAUGCCUGGCCUCUCCCCCCCUCGCUCCCAUGGCAGCACAUAGG